GCAGUUCCUACCCCAGCUGGACCCGCAGCCCCGGGGACCGGAACCUGCCACCAGUCGUCCUCCGCAGCGGCUUCUCUCCUCUCUCCCCCUCUCUCUCCUCCGGCCCUCUAAUCUCAUUCCACCCGGCCGGCGGGUUCUCCCUCUCGCUCUCGCUCUCUCUCGCUCUUUCUCCCCUACUCGCUCCUUCCUUGGCUCUCACACAUCCUGACGUCAUUCCUCCCUACAGCAGUCUGCUCAGCUUAGUUACCGCAGCCCCUGCCCAGUGGCAGCGGCAACUCAGCCACGGGGGAGGGGGAAGGGGAGUCGUCGCCGGAUUUCCCUCUUCCCGGACCCCGAAAGGGCGCCACGUGCGGCGCCAGGAGCAAGCUGCCAACCUCCAGCCACCCCGCAAUGCGUAAAGUAGGGGCGGGACAAACCAAGGGGUGGGGCGGACUGCGGACGGGGACGCUGUGGCCUGUCCUUGGGUCUGCAGAACCCUGGACCCAUCUGCCUGUGACUCCGCCUCCCCUUUCGCUUCCCCCGGAGCCAGCCCCAGGGGGCAGCCUGAUUGACAGUGAAGGCGGCUUCAGCCAAUCGCCCACGGCGCUGGGGGCGGGGCCCGCUCAGGCGCGGCCGGGAGAGCUGUCCGCGCGCUGGUGGUGCUGAACAAACGCGUCGGAGGCGUUGUGUGAGAGGCCAGAAAUAAAAAAGUUAAAGCCUCUGCCGGCUGGCCGGGCUCAGGUUGUAUGUUGUCUGGUAAGAUGAAGGGUGUCUCCUCUCCAAAAGCCAGCCUGGUUACCCCUUGGGCUUCUCACAAGUGUGGAAACUUGCCAUUCUCCCGGAGGAGGGCGGGGAAGGCCAUUGCACAGGAGCUUCUGUAGAAAGGAAGGGGAAGUCCAUGGGGUGAGGGUCUGGAUAAGGGUUGGGGCAUAUUGAGAGCCUCGGCAGCCUGGGAAGAGGAGAUUCAGAGUCCAGAUGUUGCUGUAACAGGGAGAGGGGUCCGUAAUUACUGCUGGAGCCAGAGAGUUUGCCUUGCCUCCCUUAGGGGCCGCGGGAGUGAGGAUUACGGUCCUGGCUCAUAUGGUCCCUCCUUCCUCCAUCUGCACUUCCUCCUCCCUCCCGCCCCCCAAUAAAUCUCAGGCCCCUCCCUUCGCCCGUCCCCAGGAUCUGACGUGGACUCGACACCUUUCUCAGCUUCUCCCUCCGCAGCUCUAGUGCCCGAGCUUCGGCUCUCUAGGUUCCGCAGCCCCCUCUGCUCCCCGCCAAGCCCCUCUAGAGCCCAGUAGAUCCCCGACCCCACCCCAGGCCCGGCCCCUCACAAGCUGUCUUGCUUUUCCCCAGCUGGAUCACACCUUGGGAUCCAGCCAGCCUGGUGGACCUAGGCGCCCGACCAGGAGGGUAACCCAGGAGGCCCGGUCCUUCGGCCCUCUCGGCUCCACCCCCUGCAGCCGGAGCCGCGCCCCCUCUCCCUCAGAUCCCGGAGCAGAGAACAGAGGAGAUUGGGCAAAGAGGGUUGGGCUCCAGGCGACCCCCCAGCCCAAUUCUGCCCCUCCAUCCCAAGGGGUAGAGAAAUUGUCUUCCUUGCUAACUGCCAGGAAGAAAAAUAAUAAAGGGGAAGAUAGAGACAGAAGAAAGGUGACAGCUAGAUUAUUUAAGAGAGGCGCAGAGACGAGAAAUCAGUGUGAGUCGCCAUGGGGACUCCCAAGGCCCAGCAUCAACCGCCUCCCCAGCUGCUGCUCCUAAUUCUGCUGAGCUGCCCCUGGAUUCAGGGUCUGCCCGUGAAAGAGGAGGAGGCACUGCUGGAGCCUGGGAGCGAGACCCCCACGGUAGCCUCGGAGGCCUUGGCUGAGCUGCUCCAUGGGGCCCUGUUGAGGAGGGGCCCAGAGAUGGGCUACCUGCCAGGAUCUGAUCCAGACCCCACGCUAGCCACCCCUCCAGCCGGCCAGACUCUUGCAGCACCCUCCCUGCCACGGGCCACUGAGCCAGGGACAGGGCCUCUGACAACAGCCGUAACCCCUAAGGAGGGUAGGGGGGCAGGCCCCACCGCGCCCGAGCUGCUGACCCCGCCCCCAGGAACUACAGCCCCACCCCUUUCUGGCCCCACUUCCCCAGGCCCGCCCCUUGGGCCUGAGGGAGGAGAGGAGGAGACCACGACCACCAUCAUCACCACAACAACUGUCACCACGACGGUGACAAGCCCAGUUUUGUGUAAUAACAACAUCUCCGAAGGUGAAGGGCAUAUUGAGUCUCCAGAUUUAGGAAGCAGCACCAGCCGCACCUUGGGACUCCUGGACUGUACAUACAGCAUCCAUGUCUACCCUGGCUACGGCAUUGAGAUCCAGGUGCAGACGUUGAACCUGUCUCGAGAGGAGGAACUCUUGGUGCUGGCUGGUGGGGGAGCCCCAGGCCUGGCCCCCCGACUGCUGGCCAACUCCUCCAUGCUGGGAGAAGGACAGGUCCUUCGGAGUCCAACCAACCGGCUGCUCCUGCACUUCCAGAGUCCUCGAGUCCCAAGGGGCGGUGGCUUCAGGAUCCAUUAUCAGGCCUACCUCCUGAGCUGCGGCUUCCCUCCCCGGCCGGCCCAUGGGGACGUGAGUGUGACAGACCUGCACCCUGGGGGCACGGCCACCUUCCACUGUGAUUCAGGCUACCAGCUGCAUGGUGAAGAGACCCUCAUCUGCCUCAAUAGCACCCGGCCAGCCUGGAGCGGUGAACCCCCCAGUUGCAUGGCAUCCUGUGGUGGCACCAUCCACAAUGCUACACUGGGCCGUAUCGUGUCACCUGAGCCCGGGGGAGCUGCAGGGCCCAACCUCACCUGCCGUUGGGUCAUCGAAGCAGCUGAGGGACGCCGGCUGCACCUGCAUUUCGAGAGGGUCUCGCUAGAUGAGGACAAUGACCGGUUGAUGGUGCGCUCAGGGGGCAGUCCCCUGUCCCCGGUCAUCUACGACUCUGACAUGGAUGAUGUCCCUGAGCGGGGCCUCAUCAGUGACGCCCAGUCCCUCUAUGUGGAGCUGCUUUCAGAGACUCCUGCCAAUCCCCUGCUGCUAAGCCUCCGGUUUGAAGCCUUUGAAGAAGAUCGCUGCUUCGCCCCCUUCCUGGCACACGGCAAUGUCACCACCACAGACCCUGAGUACCGCCCAGGGGCGCUGGCUACCUUCUCAUGCCUCCCAGGAUAUGCCUUGGAGCCCCCUGGUCCCCCCAAUGCCAUCGAAUGUGUGGAUCCCACAGAACCCCACUGGAAUGACUCCGAGCCAGCCUGCAAGGCCAUGUGCGGAGGGGAGCUGUCGGAGCCGGCUGGUGUGGUGCUCUCUCCAGACUGGCCCCAGAGCUAUAGCCCCGGCCAGGACUGCGUGUGGGGCCUCCAUGUCCAGGAGGAGAAGCGCAUCUUGCUCCAAGUCGAGAUCUUGAAUGUGCGCGAAGGGGACAUGCUGACACUGUUCGACGGGGAUGGUCCCAGCGCCCGAGUCCUGGCCCAGCUGCGGGGACCUCAACCGCGCCGCCGCCUCCUCUCCUCUGGGCCCGACCUCACGCUGCAGUUCCAGGCGCCGCCCGGGCCCCCAAACCCGGGCCUGGGCCAGGGUUUCGUGUUGCACUUCAAAGAGGUCCCCAGGAACGACACGUGCCCGGAGCUGCCACCGCCGGAGUGGGGCUGGAGGACGGCCUCCCACGGGGACCUGAUCCGGGGCACAGUGCUCACUUAUCAGUGCGAACCGGGCUACGAGCUGCUCGGCUCCGACAUCCUCACCUGCCAAUGGGACCUGUCCUGGAGCGCAGCCCCGCCCGCCUGCCAGAAGAUCAUGACUUGUGCUGAUCCUGGUGAGAUCACCAACGGGCACCGUACCACCUCGGACGCUGGCUUCCCUGUUGGCUCCCAUGUCCAGUACCGCUGUCUGCCGGGGUACAGCCUAGAGGGAGCCGCCGUGCUCACCUGCUACAGCCGGGACACAGGCACCCCCAAGUGGAGUGACCGGGUCCCCAAGUGCGCCUUGAAGUACGAGCCGUGCCUGAACCCAGGGGUGCCAGAGAACGGCUAUCAGACGCUGUACAAGCAUCACUACCAGGCGGGCGAGUCUCUGCGCUUCUUCUGCUAUGAGGGCUUCGAGCUCAUCGGCGAGGUCACCAUCACCUGUGUGCCCGGCCACCCCUCACAGUGGACCAGCCAACCCCCACUCUGCAAAGUGGCCUAUGAGGAGCUCCAGGACAACCGAAAACUGGAAGUGACCCAGACCACAGACCCAUCAAGACAGCUGGAGGGAGGGAACCUCGCCUUGGCCAUCCUGCUGCCCCUGGGCUUGGUCCUUGUGCUCGGCUGUGGCGUUUACAUAUACUACACCAAGCUGCAGGGAAAAUCCCUCUUCGGCUUCUCGGGCUCCCAUUCCUACAGCCCCAUCACCGUGGAGUCAGAUUUCAGCAAUCCACUGUAUGAAGCUGGGGAUACACGGGAGUAUGAAGUUUCCAUCUGAACCCCAAGACUAAGGCUGCAGGACCCAGACGUCCCUCCCUCCUCAUUCUGGGCGGGAGGAGUGCAGGACCUGGUCCCUGGCUCCUUCCUUCCUGUUGUGUAAAUAGUCUCCUGGUCCCACAAGGGGGCUUUGUUGGCCCUGGGGACCCUACAGUAAAUAAACCAGCAUCCUGUCACCCAAAACCUCCUCUUCUCAGUUGCCAAAUAAGGGGCCUCCCCUACCCUACUGGCUUUUGGAUCCUGGCAUGGGAACUCAGUUCCACUACAACGCCUGGGGCCCCUCCAGCCCAGGGUACCUCAUAAGGACUGCCCCCGAGAGCUCUGCUGUUCCCUUGGCCAUGAAGACUCUGACCUUCCCAGAUGCUCUGGUCCCCAGCCUAACCCCUGGGCUUGGAGGGUCAGAAGGAUGAAGGGGGAGCGGGGACGAGGCCCCUAUGCCCUUCCUGCCAUCUACUCAACCCACAGUCUCUCCACCUUUGCUUCUGGAUUUUUGUUUUUGAGCAAUAAACUGGAAAUCACCA